AUCAAAUUAGGAACCGGAAACGAAGUUGAUACCAAGACAACAUCAACAAUAUGAAGGAAGAAAGUAAAUCUCCUCGACAAGUUACUAUCAAAACCCCCGAAGGAGAUCACAAAUCAUCGAAAAAUAAUGAAGAUGAAUAUGAAGACACAGACGCUGACACUGAUAAAGAAGGAGAGUCAUCUCGACCUCAGUCCAUGAGGAUAGAUUUGACUAGAGUCAGGAGUGCAUACUCAGCCAAAACUCACAAAGAAUCAAAUUUACCAUCUGUGUUAACUGAUUAUGGAAUGGAAGAUGAUAAAACAAAGGAAAAAGGCAGAAGAAAGAAGAAAAAGAUCAAAUCUGAAAAAGAAAAUGAUCAUGAUAUGGAUGGAAAUACUGAAAAGAGAAAAAAGAAAAGGGAAGAGAUUGUCUAUCGAUCAUCAUCUGAGCGAUAUCAACAAAUUAUGGAAAAUCAAGAAGACGGUGGAAAUUUUUACUCCAAAAAGGUUUCUGGUCUGGCACUGAGAGUUAAAACACAGUCUGAUAGUCGAUCACAAACACCAAGGACACCAAGAACACCUCGACAAGAGGAAGAAGAAACAAAACAAGUCCCAAAUGUCCUUGAGAAGCAAAUCCCAGAGAAGCAAGUCCCAGAGAAGCCUGUCAGAGUGAAGAAGUCACAAAAGAACUGUAUGAAGAAGAAAUUAAAAAGACAUGAAUUGUCAACAAAUACAGAUUUUCUCAAAACAGUUCCUAAAACAGAAACGGCAAAGAUUAUAGAACUACAGGAUAAACUGAUGAAAGAAGGAAAACUCAAAACCCAGGCAGAAGUGGACAGAUUUUGGCUGGACAUCAAGAAACCAGAUGUUUAUUCGUCAUAUUUCAAACCAGCUAUUCAGACUCAAGCAUCAGGUUCUGGAUCAGCCACCAGUUCAUUGAAUCGCUCAAAUGUAGAAACCCAUUCUACAGUAGCUGCUUUACAAGACUAUCCUGGCCGUUCACUUAGUCAGAUAUCAGAAAGAUCCUCUGUUCCAGGAUUGUACAAAGAUACACAGGACUGGGCAAUCACUCAACAGUUCAAACAUCAACACUCCUCACACUCCAAGGCUGCAUCCCCAGUGAAGUCAAGAACAACAGAUUUAGAGAAGAAAUUUCCAAAGACACAGAUGCCACAGUUACACUGCUUUACAAUGGACCUUGGAGAAAAACCACCUGAUCCAGAACAGAUGGCUAGAGAAGCAGAACUAAAAGUAAAAAUAAAACAGAGAAAGAGAUUUUUACGAAAAUUACACAGAAUGCAUCAAAUGGCCAUGGCAAAUAAUGCUGCAACUAACAGAAUUUUAGAUAAACAUGGAGAAUUAUCAAGUUUUUUGGAAGGAAAUACUCUCAGAGAUGUGAAAUCUUUAUAUUGCGGAAUGCAGACCAAUCUUCUAUCAAUCUUGCCUGCCCCAGAAGACCAAUAUAUAUCUGAGGAGGACUUACGGAUGCCAGAAUCUGUGUAUCCUGCUCUUCCCCCACCCAGAGCGUCAGUCAGCCAGGGAAGUUCAAAACCUAGGUCACUAGUCAGCAGGGAAUCUAGAACAAGUCUAGCGUCUAGAGGUUCAUUUAGAAAAGAAUCUAGUCGUCGGAAGUUAGGAAAAGAGCUACCUCCUCCCCCUCCUCCUAUACCUCUUACCCUUGAGGAAAUCAGACAGAAAACUAGAGUUAUUGAGCCAAAAUGUUUGAGUACAAACUGGAUAAACUACAUGAGGAAUGGUAGACCAGUGCAGAGUGAAUCGUAAAUUGAGAAUUACCAAUUUGAUUAUAUCAUCAAAGUCAUGCCGUCCAAACACAGAAACACAAGAAUGUUUUUACCUCUGUGUGCCUCCGAUUGCACAAGGCACUGAUAUUUACAUUUGGUUUCACAGAACAAAGCACAUCAUAGUUGUGUUGAUAAAAUAAAUCAUCCGUCGGUCAAAAAUGUAUUUUUUAAGGGAUAACUAUAAGAAGUAAUAUUUUGGAAACAAAAAAAACAUAUUAAAAAAGUUUGGUUGCAGCUCAAUACAUAUUCAUGUUGUAGUUUUCCUUAAAGUACAGAAUUGUGAUGUCUUUUCUUCAAUUCUUCUCCACAAUUGAAACAGGGCAGAUACAUUUAGAACUUUUAAAUGUUUGCAUUUUAACGGUUUUGUUCAAUUCAUUUGCUCAUUAUUUUGAAUGUGAGAGACAGGGUGACUGAGGGAAUGAGUUAGUGACUGUUGGUAUUAUACACAAUCUUUUAUAAGUAUGCCAAAGAUUUUCUAGAGCAGUUAUGCUAAAAAUUUGAGUUUAUGGCCUUAUUUGACUUAAACUUUCCCCCUAAAAUUUAUUUUUUGGGACUAUCUGCCAUACUUGCAUACAAUUGUAGUUUGGCAUUAAAUGGUGUUAAUUUUCAAGGAGACAGUUUUUAUAGUCAACAAAUAUAGUAAACAGAGUUAUUUACUCAAAUUUUCAAAUUUUACUACCAUGUAUAUCUACUGAGUUAGCUAAUUAAUACUUUUUUCCAUACAUGUACAUUUGAUAUAAUUUAUAAAAGGGUUACAUUCAUAACAUUUCUCAUUGAUAUUUUUAUCUUUUCAUAAAAAGUGAAGUUAUUGUUAUACAAGAAUAGGUUUUGUUCAAUCUAUAAGAUUACAGAGUAGAAUGUAUGAAAGGUGUGGAUUUAUGAAAAUGAAAGUGCAUAUAUAAAUACUGUGGAUUCUAUACUUGGGUACUAAUUUUCAUGGAUAAGGGAAACAAGUUUAUUUCCAUGGAUAUUUGAUUUUGUAGUUUUACAAAAGACUUCUACAUAAAAUCCCUAUGUUAAAAAUUUGUGUAUCCAAGAAAACCACAAAAGUUGGUAUGCCUCCAAUAAUU